UCCUUAGAAUGGGGGAGGGUUCUCAAUUCUCACAAUGGAUUGCAUGUUCUGAGAUUCCUUCCAGUGUCCAAGAUUGGGAAUUCUGGAUUGGAAAGCAGGGGGAAUUCUUGGGAAGGCAACUGGUCUGGCCUAGGGGGAUUGAAGGAUGGCUCACUUGAGCAAGAGGCACUAAAGAAGCUUUCGCUCUCCAUCCUUGUUCCCUUGGCCGCUCCAUCUGUCCCUUUCUCCAUCCCGGAAUCCCAGUCCCUUCCUUCCCGGGGCAGGAGUCCUGCCCACGCAGUACCUGCCAGAAGGAGGCCCCACCCGCUCCCUGGUCAUUGGCUGGAGUCCCCAACUUCGAUACUCCACUGGUCGUCGGUGCUGUUCGUCAGGCGAGCCCCCCUGUGGGCCCUCUUAUCCUGAGAAGCUGGGGCGGGGAGUGAGAGUGGAGAAGCCUUAAAGCUGCCCUCGUCCCCGGCGGUCUCACUUCUGCCUCCCCUGGCCAGAGGCACGGCCCAGGGAGAAGGCGGGGACGCCCGAAGCAACCCUCAGCCAUUUGGUUCAACCGUCUACGACUACUCGACUUAGCCUCACUCCGCGGUCAAGUUGGGCAGAGAGGGGCAGGGGCUCCCGGCCCCAUGGAGGCUACCCUCAAGUGCCUGUGGGUCUGCGCCCUCUUCGGUACCGGGGUAGCCGGCUUCCUGCCAGAUGAAUGUGUCAUCAAACGGUCCAUAGAGCAGGAGCGGGAAAAGUGCUUGCAAUAUGACCGAAUGGAAAAUGAGAUUGAAGGAUGCAAAUACAUGUGGGACAAUAUCACAUGCUGGCCACCAUCUGCCUGGGGCCAGGUGGUCAUCCUGCCCUGUCCUUUGAUCUUUGCAUACAUGUUUCCAAACCAUGGUGGUAAUGUGUCCAGAAACUGCACCAGCGAAGGAUGGACAGACAUGGCCCCAGCUCCCUACCCUAUUGCCUGUGGCCUUGAUAUCAACUCAACAGCAGAAGAGGAGACAUUUUUCUAUGGCACUGUGAAGACUGGGUACACUAUUGGCCACAGCCUCUCCCUCAUCGCACUCACCAUAGCCAUGGUCAUCCUGUGUAUGUUCAGAAAGUUGCACUGCACCCGGAAUUACAUCCACAUGCACCUGUUUACAUCUUUCAUCCUUCGGGCAAUUGCUGUCUUCAUCAAAGACAUUGUCCUCUACCACGACUUUGAUUAUGACCACUGCUCCAGCAGGGUGGGCUGCAAGGCUGCCAUAGUGUUCUUCCAAUACUGCAUUAUGGCCAACUUCUUCUGGCUGCUGGUGGAGGGCCUCUACCUCCAUACCCUGCUCGCCAUCUCUUUCUUCUCUAAACGGAAAUACUUCUGGUGGUACAUCCUCAUUGGCUGGGGGGUUCCUGCCUUGUUCAUCACUGCAUGGGCACUGACCAGAUACUAUUUCAGCAAUUAUGGGUGCUGGGAUAUCAUUGACCCCCCAUACUGGUGGAUCAUCAAGGCACCCAUUUUGACCUCUAUAUUGGUGAACUUCAUCUUCUUCAUUUGCAUCAUCCGAAUUCUGGUACAGAAGCUACAACCCCCAGACAUGGGGAGAAAUGAGAACAGCCAAUAUUCGAGACUGGCCAAAUCAACACUGCUGCUGAUCCCACUCUUUGGGGCGCACUAUAUCAUGUUUGCCUUCUUCCCAGACAACUUCAAGAAAGAAGUGAAGCUGGUCUUUGAGCUUGUUUUGGGCUCUUUCCAGGGCUUUGUGGUGGCCGUCCUCUACUGCUUCCUCAAUGGGGAGGUCCAGGCAGAGAUCAAACGUAAGUGGAGGCGGUGGCACCUGGAACAAUUCUUGGGCUCUGACCUCAAGUACCAUCACCCAUCCGUGGGCAGCAACGGCACCAACUUCAGCACCCAGAUCUCCAUGCUGACACGGACUAGCCCCAAGGACCGACGCUCCUCCAGUUUUCAGGCUGACUUCUCACUAGUCUGACCAGGGCGCCUCUCCCCCAGGGUCCCUAACCCUAUUCUAGAUAUAGGAGUAUUCGUCACAGCAAGGGACAGGCAAAAGGCACCCAAGAUGAGAAGACUGUAAGCUGGAGGAUGGCCUGCCUUGGACAAGAUGCCUCCUACAUUCUUCCUGCUCUGUUAGGAUCCCGUGAUUGGUUUCCAGAAGUAUAGCUGCUAGUCCAGCCUGGAAGCUCCAACGCUCUCGGAGUUCCCCAAGCUUACCUGGGUGCUACCCCAGACGCUAUCCCUAUUGGGCCCCUCCAACCCAGGGCGCUGCCACAGCUCAGCAGUCAUGAGGCCAGGGAGAGGGAGACGGGAGAAGGGCUCGAGGCUCUGUCUGAGGAGCUCACCACCUCCUCUCCAGCUGGUCCUGGAGGAAACAGCUGAGGAGAACCCCUGGGCUCUGCAGGGAGGGAGCCACUUCCUUCCUUUCUCACCUGGUCUAGCAAACUGCCCUUUGGCAGAUGGAGCCCAGGCAAAGGCAGGAGUCUGCCCACGUACGUGUGGGAAGGAGAUCCUCUACUCUGCGUGGCAGAUCAAGGGGGAGAAGAGGUCAACCCGAGUCCUUUCUGUGACCGAGGCCUGGGAGGCCUGGAUGCCCUCCCCACAGAUUGGAGCGCUCUGCUGGGCUCCUCCGGCUUCAUGCAGCUCAGACAAGAGGGAGGGAUCGUGGAAGGUGGUGAACAGGCAAGGCGGGUCACGACGUGGGGGGAAGGAGAAAGAGGCCUGGACUCAACGUUGGCUUGAAUCCCAAGCGCUACAUUGUGUAACUCUGAACCCGUCGUCCCUUUUCUAGGCCUCAACGUCUUCAUCUGUAAAUGGGUUAAUACUACUUGUCACCUACCUCGCAGGGCUGUUGUAAGAAGCAAGUGAAAUGAUGUAUGUGCAGCUCUUACUGGCCAAAAAGUGCUGCAAGUUUAAGCUAUGGUGUGAUGGUCAGCCCCUUCCUUGCAGGCCUCUUCCUCGUAGGGACAGGACAGACGGAAGGGUUACAGGGCCUUCCUGCAGGGUUUGCUAGAAUGUGAACUCCAAGAGGCUCCUCUCCUGCCCAUCCCAAUGCCUAACGGUCCGUCACUGGAGCACUGCAGUCUAUAACACCUUCUCCCACUCCCAGCCUGCCUGUGAGGGUUCAAGCAUCUUGCCCGGAGCGCCUCUGAUCAUAGCCUUUCCCCUUGGAGGGGAGAACCUCUGAUAACCUCUAGAAGACGCAAGGACGUCAUGGCCCAUCAAAGAUAACCUGAGACAUCCAUUUCUCUCCUCCGUGGGAUGUGGUGGCUGCACCAUGCCCACCCCCGGCCUCACCCCUGGGCCUCUCUGGGACUAACAAGGAAGUGCCGCUUCUCUAGAAGGGGACCCCAGACCCAAUGGACUAGGAAACGAGACUGGAAUUCUAGUCCAACGCUGGUGCUCGCCUCCCACUCAUCCUUGGAUAAAUCCCUUCCACUCCCAGGACUCUGCUGUGGUCAGGUGACAUCAUGUGUGGAAAGCACUUUGAAAACCAUAACAUGUUAUACACAAAUGCAAAGGAUUGUAAUCUGGUUAUCCUUAUCAUGCCCCAAAUCCUCUGCAUGGCGGGGGUAGCCAAGAGCAGGUAUCGGGAGGAGUCCAUCAGUCAGUAAAGAUUUAUUAAGUUUCUGCUAUGUCUGGGGUUACAAAAAGAGGCAAAAGGCAAUGCCCUCCAGGAGCCCACAGCCUAAUGACAGGGAUAAGACACAGACAGCUGUGUACAAACAGGAUAUGUACAGGAUAAAUGGGAAGCAAUGGACAGAGAAGUCAGUUCAUGGUUCCAGGCAGUGAAAAAUAGCCAAGAUGUGCAAAGAGGUAGAAGGCUCUUGGACUUGACUUGGAAAAAGAGAUUAGUCCUAACUGUGUACUACCAUGGUCUGCUGCUUGCUCCAGCAUUCAGGGCCUGGGCCUCUGGCCCAUUCUCCAACCUCCUCAAGAAACACCUACACUCCUGGCUGCACCAUGGCCGGUGGGAGGGGGAAAUCAGGGCUUGUGACUUCCUAGAGAGGAGAGAAGGAAAGCCAACAUGGGGAGGAAGAUCAGGGAGGGAGCUGACUCUCAGAACUUGCCACCUUGGCCCAGGUAACUAUCAGUACCAUCUCACUGACUGAAUCAAACCAAGGAGAAUAACACUAAACCACACCUAUCACCCAGAAGUCGUCAACAUAACUUGGGGAUGGAUUUGCUUAUGCCACUAAUGUUGUCAAUCAUUUUCUCAAAGCCCAGGGUUUAAUGGCUUUGGAUUUUUAGAAGAUUAGAAUUCAUGCCCCAGACUGGCCACAUACAACCAGUAAGACUGGCCAAGUUCCUUCCCCUACUUCGGUCUUCAUCUUGUGAGGGAUCUUGACUUAGGUAAGAAUUCUCCUGACCUUAAACCCCAGACCCCAAACACACCCCCUCCAGGAGGGGACUUGGCGAAUAUCCUUUUGGAUCAAGCCAAAGUACUAGCCUUCCCAGAGUAGAGUUCUCCUAGAACUUCCCAGGUGCUGCACUGAAGAAUAAGUGUUAGCAUUUCAAAGAUCUCCUUCCUUCCUUGGAAGAGCGUGAACUGUCACAUCAAAGAAACCAGUAAUUAAGCAAAGUAUUUUAGGUGCUAACUUUAAAUAAAACCAAAAUUUGCUGCCAAGAUUGGCUACAUAUAAAUGAAGGGCUGCCACUGGGAAUCCAGGCUAACCCCAAGGAUUUGGAUCUAGGGACCAAUCAACAAGCAUUGAUUACACAUCUACUAUGUGCUAGAGAGACAAGCCAGGGAAACAGUUCCUAAGUCCUUGCUAUCUAGCAGCUAGCUUACCUCUAUUGAGAGAAACAAACCUGUAUGUAUUUAAGAUAUGUUCAAAAGGGAAGGUGAUGGUAGGGGGAGGAAUCACCAGGGAGGGGACAUGAAAAGUUUCACAUAGAAUACAGACUUGGGGCUGGGCAUUGGAGAUAUGGACACGUAGGAAAAAAGGAAAAUUGAGGUAGGAUGUGAGGGCCCUCAGCUGAAAGUGCAAACUGAGGCAAAGAGGGACCAGGGAUGGGAGAAGUAAUCAGGCAGGGUCUAGUAGCCAAGCAUUGGGGUCCCAGCCAUAUGGAGAAAAGGGAUCAUGCAUAGAAAAUCCAGGUCCAUGGCCAUACUCUCAUGGAGCUCACAGUCUUAAAAAGGGCACACACACGCAUACAUACACACACACACACACACACAGAGAUAAUUACAACAAUACAAUGUAUUAGAGAAGCGUACAUAAAACAAUCCAAUACAGAAAGUCAUUACAAUUGGGAGGAUUAGGGAAGACUUCCUGGAAAGAGGGAUGGUUUUUUAUCUGGGUUGUAAAUGAUAGGAAAAAGAAACUCAAAGAAGUUGAAAAAGAAUGUGUGAGCCUGUGUACAUAGGAAAAGGCAGAGUGAGCAUCAGAGAUGCCAUCCUAGUCUGGCUAGAGCAUCGAAUGCUUGUGGAGGGGGGGAGGGGGAUUAAAAGGAAAUAAAUCUGGAAAAGCUAGCUGACCCCAGGCAGAGGAGUCUGAGCUCUUUUUGGUAGGCAAUAGGAAAUCAUUGGAAAUUUUCAAGGAAAGGAGUAGCAUGAGCUGAUAUACCUAUAAAGAAGACCAGUCUGUGAGAAACAAGUUACCUAUGAAUUCAGUACCAUGGCUAGAGCAGCACUGCCUCCAUGUAAAGUCAGGCAGAGGGGAGAUCUGGAUUCAAUGGGGUUAGGGGUGAAGAGGGAAUGGGAAUAUACAGGUUUCAGAUCAAUGGACAAAUAACUUUCCAAUAGAGUUAUCCAACUAAGGAAAGAGUUAACUCUGGGAAUUAUGUGCUUCCCAUCACUGGAGGUAUUUGACCCAUAACAGAAGGAGUACAGGACAACACAUCACAGAUGCUGUACAACCGAUCCUGGAACACUCACAGAACAAUAAAGGAAGAUUGUGGUCCAGAGGGACAGUGGUUAGUUCCAACAGUGGGCAGGGUAACUUGAGCCAAGUUCCUUCCAGCUGUGAGUUUUUCAGGCAGUGAGGUAUCACAGUGGAUAGAGUAUUGGACCCUGGAGUCAGGAAAACCUGAGUUCAAAUCCAGGAUAAAAUGAAUAUUUGUAAAGUGCUUUGCAAAACUUAAAGUUGCUAUUUAAAUGCUAGCUAUUAUUAUUAUUAUUCCUUCAUGGACCCUGAUGUUCAUCUUUCCCAGUUGGACCACUAGACUGAAAGGAACAAUUAAAGAAUCUGAUGUCUCCCCAAAGACUACUGGAAGGAUAGCUCAGGAGGACUUGUCCCAGGACCAAACCACAUAAACCAACCAUUCUCUGGGGUGUAAGAUAGGAGUCAGAGAAGUCUAAACAAUCAGUAUGGUUUUAUUGAGUAUUGCUCUGUGCUAGAGUAAGAAGAGGGAGAAGGAUGAAGAGUAAGUAAACCAAAGUCUUGCUCUUGGUCAAAGUCAACAAGAAUUUAUUAAGUACCUUCUCUGUGCCAAGGACCCUAAUUCCUGAUGGGGAUACAAAGAAAAGCCAAAAACAGUCCCUGCCCCGCAAGGAGCCACCAUUCCGAAUGGAGGAGCCAACAUGAGUAGUCAUCUGAGAGGAGAGGCAUUGACCAUAUAAGGGAAUUGAUAAAGUUGUCAAAUGCAGAACAUGAGGUGGAAGUAAGGAGGCAGAGGAGCAUUCCUGGUAUGGGGACAGCACAGAGGUACCAAGAUGGCAGCAGAAGAGGGGGGGCAUCAUGUUUGAGGACCUACAGAAGGGAGGGUGUGACGUCAGUCAGUGCCAAAGGUAGGAAGGGAUCAUGCUCUAACUGGGAAGAAGAUUUAGAGCUAGAAUGAAUAUGAGAACAGAGAAUGUCAGAGCUGGGAGAAACCUUAGAAAAAGAGAACAGAGAAUGUCAGAGCUGGGAAGGACCUGAGAACAGAGAUUGUCAGAGCUGGGAGGGACUUUAGAACAGAGAACAGAGAAAAUGUCAGAGCUGGAACAAUUUUAGAGAUCUUGUAAUCUGAUCCCCCUUAUUUUAUAGCAACUGAGCCCCAGAAGAAAAAAAACAGAAGAUUUUUGUUCAGAGUCAUAUAGCUUGUAAGUGGCAGAGCCAAGAUUAGAAUGUUGGUCCUCUGACUAUAUCUUAGCUCUUUCCAUUCUAUGGAACCAUAAGCAGAAAAACAGACCCUCUGCCCAGCCUUGGCCUACCCUCUCUGCUGCCUUCUUUCUCUAAGGGGUAAGUCAUGCAGACACAGAAAACUAGGUCAAGAAGAUGGGAGAUGAAUUCUCUAGAAAAUAAUGACUCUACAGGGGAGGAGAGGGAGGAAAGGAGGAUGCAUUGUCCUUGGGAAUAACAUGCAUCUACAGGAAGAACAACAAAAGCAUUAUAAAAUGCCCUCAUUUCACCAAAAGACUAAGCCCUGAGACAGCACUGGCUGGCUACUGCAUAGUGUGAUGUGGGACCCAACUCCCAGCCUUACCCAAAAUGACUUCUCCCUAACCACCAACAGCAGUUUCUCCAUCAGCACUCAAAAUUAUAGGAUUUAGAGUCAGAAGACCUUAAAGGUCAUCUAGUCCAACAGGUUCACUUUAUUGAUGAAGAAACCAAGCAAGGUCAGAGAGAUUAAAGGACUUGCCCAAGGACACACAGCAAAGCAGGGAUCCAACCUAAAUGGAAGACAUUGUUGUGAGUGAUCACAAAUCUUAGAAGUGGAAGGGAUCUUAGAGCAUAAAACAGAGAAUAGGACAGCAGGAAAGAACCUUAUCAGACAGAAUUUUGGAGCUGAGAGAGGCAUUAGAGACCAUCUAGUCAAAACUCCUCAUUUUUGGGAUGGAAAUUUGGAGGCCAGGAAGACCUCCAAAAUGGAGGUCAUGCCUGAGAUCACAUAACUAAUAAGUGUCAAAGGCAGACUUGAAUGUAAAUUCCCUGAUUCCCAGUUCAGGGCUCUUUCUACUGCUUAGUACCUUUCCUGAGAGCAGACCUGGAGAGGAAGGAGGGAGAAGAGAGAAAGCAUGAGCUUGGAAUAUUGACAUCAAGGGACAAGGCAUGGUGGAGAGGGAGCCAUAGUGCUGAUGGUCUACUUUCGGAGUGCAUGGCAUCACUACUGCCACUCGAUUUAUAAUGCUAUGUUUAAGUAUUUAUUUCAGUGCUUCAGCAAGAUUCAUGAUUUCAUCAUUAGCUCAAAUCCCAGUCUAUCCAUAGUUUGAGAUGAUGAUCACUGAAUCCUAGUGCUGGGAUACUUGGCUCCCCCUCUACAUUUCCUCUGAGUAACUGGUGUAUGGAGUUUCACAGUGGUUAGGUAUUUCAGAGGACAUCUAGCCACCCCCAUCUGAUCAGGAAUCUCCUCUGCAAGUGGUCAUUCGGUGCCCAAUGAAACACUUCCACCACCCUUUCCUAAAACUGCCCAUUCCCUUCUGAUAACACCCACUGUAGGAAAAUUUUUUCUUUACAUCAACUUGGAAUAUGACUCCCUGGAACUUUUACCCACUGCUUCUAGGUCUGCCCACUGGGACCAAGCCAAACAAGCACAUCAUGACUUCUUUCCCCAUUGUAGUUUCAACAUGUCUUGAGUUAGCAUAAGAAAUUAAGUGGGAAGAGGCAGCUAAGUGGCUCAGUGGAUUGAGAGCCAGACUUAGAAAUGGGAGAUCCUGGGUUCAAAUCUGACCUCAUACACUUCCUAGCUGUGUGACCCUGGACAAGUCACUUAACCCCCAUUGCCUAACCCUUACUGCUUUUCUGUCUUGGAACCAAUCAAUACCCAGUACUGAUUCUAAGACUGAAAGUAAGGGUUAAAAAAAAAAGGAAUGGGAAUUGGGGGGAGUUUUGCAGAAGCCACAGAUGACAUAUAAAGGCUUAGCAGAUGACACAGAAAAUGUUUUGAAAUUCAGAAAUGCAUAAAAUAUAUAUGUAUCCUAUCACCACAUUUUAUCUUUUAAUACCAUCAAUCUACCCAUUUUCUUUUUUAAAGAUAAAAUAAGUAAAAAGUUGAAGGUUGCAAAAAGAAUGCAAAAUUCAACAGAUGACACUCAAAUGGUAGAAAUAUAGAAGUAUGUUAAAAAGUUUUGUGACUUGUAAAUGCAUAAAACAUAUGUACUAUUAUGUAUAGUAUUACCUGUACAGUAUAUAUUUUAUUGUUUAAUAGCAUAAAUUUCCUUGAAAUUAAAUUUGUAAUAAAAAAACUGUGGUUCUAUA